UUUGCCCCUAAGGACUGAGUAAAUAAAUUUGCCUGCCACAGAUUUCUGUGUCGCAGAAAAAGAAAAAUCAGAUCCAAUGACCAUGGCCUCAAUAGGAACUUUGAUUUGGAUGUUCUCACUAGCAGCCGUGUCGGUUUCUGAACCUCCACUUGACUUUGAUAACUGCACCUCGCAAUCUCAGCUCUUGGAUCGUCUAUCCUUGGAUUUGAAGGAGGUAGCAGAGUGCGGUGAAAACCUGCUGUCAACAUGGACUUCUCAGCAGACUGCUGCACUCCUGCUCUCCAUGAGGAAUCUGACGGGUUUACUGCACCAACACCAGCUGAAAGAAUGUCAACAUGCUGAGCCAAAGAAAUGUCCCGCGGCCAAGGUCCCUCAGAAUGGAGGAUUGGUUUGUGUCACUGUUGACAACAAGCGCUACUGCAAACCGUUGUGCAACUCCGGUUAUGAUUUUGCUUUCCUGAGGAGGUCUUGUUUGUUUGAUGAAUGCAGUCAGCAGACAGGAUAUAAAUGGAACACUCAGUACAUCGGAGGAAACACACUGGCUGUGUGCAAUGGGGCGUUGACUCAAAUUUCUGGAGCACAGUCGGCAUAUUUUCCAGAAGAUCGUGACUGCCUGAUGACCAAGAGUCAAAUGCAGGACAGCGUCAUCGCAACCGCUGUCGCUGAGCUGCGGAGCAAAGGAAUACAGGGAGAUCCAGAGAAUGCCUGUUUUGUAUGUGGGUAACCAUGAUGUGUAAAACAAAUAAAAAAAUAAAAUAAAAUAUUGGGAGCUUUGGGGUUUAAAGGGUCCACUGAGCUGAAAUAAAGCUUUGGAAGUUGU